UGCACCCAGGUGUAAGCUGAUCCCCCAAGGGCUGCGAACGGCGACAGGUGGCGGUGACGGUUUCGGUCCGUGGGUUCUUCUCCACCAUCGCCUGCAGCGCGGCAGCGAAGCGGUCACCAUGUCGAUGGCACUGGAGAUCAGUGGGGUGGCCUUGUCGGUGCUGGGUUGGUUGUGCAGCAUCCUCUGCUGCGCCUUGCCCAUGUGGAGGGUGACGGCUUUCAUCGGCAACAACAUCGUGACGGCGCAGAUCAUCUGGGAAGGGCUGUGGAUGAACUGCGUGGUGCAGAGCACGGGGCAGAUGCAGUGCAAGGUCUACGACUCCCUGCUGGCCCUGCCGCAGGAUUUGCAAGCCGCCCGCGCCCUCCUGGUGGUAACCAUCCUCUUGGCCGUCCUGGGUUUACUGGUGGCCAUCAUAGGCGCCCAGUGCACCCGGUGCGUGGAGGACGAGAGCACCAAAGCCAAGAUCACCAUCGUCUCCGGCGUCAUCUUCAUCCUCUCCGCCAUCAUGAACCUCAUCCCCGUCUCCUGGUCGGCCAACACCAUCAUCCGGGAUUUCUACAACCCGCUGGUGCUCGACGCGCAGAAGCGGGAGCUGGGCACCUCGCUCUACGUGGGCUGGGCAGCCUCUGCCCUCCUGCUGCUGGGGGGGUCCCUGCUCUGCUGCUCCUGCCCCCCCAAAGACGACAGGUACACCACCGGCAAGGUGGCCUACUCAGCCCCACGCUCUGCCGUCACCAGCUACGACAAGAGGAACUAUGUCUGAGCCCCCCCGGGAUCCCCUGGGACCCUCCGACACCCACCCUCCCUACCCCACCCACCCCGAGACCCUCAUCACCCUCCACAGAGCCAGGGGUGGCGGCAGUGGGGCAGGGGGGCGCGAAGGAGGGGACGGGGACGGCGGUGGGGUCAGGGCCAGGCUGUGUAAAUAGAGACAGUUUCGGGUAAACAAGAAGCGGUUUCGGGUUGGCGGGAGACGCGGCGCCCAGCGCGCCCCUGCCCGCGCCGAUGGGGCAGGAUGGGGACAGGGCUGGCGACAGUGGCCCCCUCUCAGUGUGUCCCCCCCCAUCACGCCGGCCGGGCACCGUUUGUCCCUGUUACGUGUGUCUGUACCGGUUACAUUUGUCAAUAAACGUGUCCUGUUUUGGUA